AUUUCGCAUUCCAACAUUUCGUCUCUGUCUUCACACACAAACACACAACACACGGAGAUCUCCAUUCAAAUGUAUAUUUACAGUUCCUAUUUGUAGAAAAAAAAUUCCAAUUAAUUUAUCAGCUUUUCUGUAAUCACAGAAUGGCGGUGAAUUUCAGCUGGAAAAAAUCAUGAGGGGAAGGAGCUUGUGAUUGUUUUUCUUAGCAAUCUCCGAUUCUAGAUCUCCGUCGAUUCGUCGGCGGAAAUAAUUUUCUGUUGCGUUCUUGGAUUCAAGGACUUUUAGAUCGGUAUUUAGGCAGCUAAUAGAUUUUUUUUGAGGCAAAAAUGCCGGGGCAUGGGAAUCUGGAUAGGCAAAUAGAGCAAUUGAUGGAGUGCAAGCCGCUAUCGGAGGCGGAGGUGAAGAUUUUGUGCGAUCAGGCGCGGGCGAUUCUGGUGGAGGAGUGGAAUGUGCAGCCAGUGAAAUGCCCCGUCACUGUGUGCGGCGAUAUCCACGGACAAUUUUACGAUCUGAUCGAGCUGUUCCGGAUUGGCGGCGAUGCUCCUGAUACGAAUUAUCUCUUUAUGGGGGACUACGUAGACCGUGGGUACUAUUCUGUGGAGACGGUCACACUCUUAGUAGCCUUGAAAGUUCGUUAUAGAGAUCGAAUCACAAUCCUCAGAGGAAACCAUGAAAGUCGGCAAAUCACUCAAGUGUAUGGGUUCUAUGAUGAGUGCUUGAGAAAGUACGGCAAUGCCAAUGUAUGGAAGUCUUUCACUGAUCUAUUUGAUUAUUUGCCGUUGACAGCACUUAUCGAAAGUCAGGUCUUUUGUUUGCAUGGAGGUCUUUCACCAUCACUGGAUACCUUGGAUAACAUUCGAGCUUUAGACCGCAUACAGGAGGUUCCACAUGAAGGACCAAUGUGCGACCUUUUAUGGUCUGAUCCAGAUGAUCGCUGCGGAUGGGGCAUAUCACCACGUGGGGCUGGCUACACCUUUGGACAGGAUAUAGCUGCUCAGUUCAACCACACGAAUGGCCUCACCCUAAUUUCAAGGGCCCACCAGCUUGUGAUGGAGGGUUUCAAUUGGUGCCAGGAAAAGAAUGUGGUGACAGUGUUUAGCGCCCCAAACUACUGCUACCGUUGUGGAAACAUGGCUGCAAUACUAGAAAUCGGGGAGAACAUGGAGCAGAACUUCCUUCAGUUUGAUCCAGCUCCCCGGCAGAUUGAGCCUGACACAACCCGCAAAACUCCAGACUACUUCCUGUGAGCUCCGAGGUCAGUCAAUAUUACGGUGGAUGUGUCUUAAGAGGAAAAAGAAAAGUAUUGUUAUUCGAGGAUUACUGUCGACGGCAUUCUUUGUUUGGAGUUAGGACCUGCUCCCGAAUUCCCGUUUCGUUCUCUCCGUAACUAACCAUGGCAGGGAGAAUGUUUUGUAUAUUUUGCCCCAAAUCCAACUCAAAGCUGAAAAGCAAUUUAUAUGGUGUUAUGUAAUUUAAAAAGGCUUUGAUAGGAUCCACAUUUUUAGAAAGAUCACAAAUAGCAUUGAAAAUAAA